CUGCAAAGUCAGUCAGUGUCAACAUGUCGUCGUGGGUUGUCUCCACCACCGAGCUGUACGAUUGUGGUGCCAAUGGCGCAACAUCCUCAUCCACGUCCACAUCCGCUCGGCACACUCGACUGAUCCUCCUGGUUUGGCAUAAUCUGGCGGAGAAGUGCCAAAAAAUUGGAACCUUUUUUAGGCGCGAAACAAACAAACCGCUGCCCAAAGAACUGAGGCGAUCGUUACGUCUUAACAAAUCGGCCAGGCGAAAAGGCUAUCGGAGUUGCGAGAGCGAGGCAGAUAAACGGCUGAUGAAAGAACGUUUAAACGAACCCGCGAACAUAUCCAUACGAAUGGGACCUGCCUUCGACUAUAGGACAUCGAAUUUCUGACCGAUUUUGAAAAGGAAACCAGGACAUCGAACUUCGAAUUUGUUAGCUCUGUUGCUAAUUUAGCUUAAGAUGUAAUGUUGGCUGUUGUAAUCUGUUAUUAAAGUUUAAAUUUUACCCA